GUCAAGUCAUCUCACACACAACCGGUGGUCACCCUCAAAGAGAUCCUCGACUAUGUGCGGCACGACCUCGGCUUCGACUGCAUGUGGAUCGACGAGCGGGGCGUGUCAGCCUUUCUCCACUUCGACGACGUCCGUGACAAGGACUUCAUCGGCGAGUUCCUCUGCGAGCGGAAGAAAAAGACACCGACAUCAGGGGUGGGGGCAGGGGCUCAGAAGAAGGAAGCGGAGCGGCCGAAGGCAAAGGGAGAUGCGGGCGGUGAUGACGUGUCGCGGAUGGCGGCGAUGAUCCGACGCGAGAAGGGGAUGGGGAGGGGCAAUGGGGGAGGGAAGGACAGUCAUGUUGAUGCCGACCAAGGGCAAGGGCAGACAAGGCAAGAGAGGGAGCGGACGAAGCCAGACGACGACAAGCUGACAGAAGAAGCCCAGGACGAGCCGAGGCAGGAGAAGGACGAGCUGGGCUGACCGACCGACCACAUCCUACAGCUGUCUGUCUUUACUCAAUCCAUGACCUCUCCCGCUCGUUUCUUGCUGCCGUUGGCGUCUGUUGUGUCUGUCUGUCUGUUGAGCCGACAGAUAGAUGAGAUGACUUGGCACGGGUGUACAUAACAUACCUGCCUGACAUGGACGGGUGGGCGCGGUGCGCCCCUCGACGGGUGGGGGUGUUGGGUUUGUGUUUUUCAGCGGGCCGGCCAGUCAGCCAGGUCGGUCGAGUCGACGAACUGACAAUUCAUCCACUCAUCGUGCUGCCGCAGUUUGUGGCUUGCCAUGGCGUGCAGUGUAGGUGUGUGCAGCGAGCGCAGCACGUCCGUCUACCUGUCAGUCAGCAGCAAUGGAUCUGUCUGUCUGUCUGUCUGUGUCGCGUGCGUCCAUACCCCCCCGCAUACAUCCUGGCUUGCGUUGUGUCUGCGAUGUGCGAGAGACAGCAAGGCAGAUAUAGAGAGGCAGACAGAGAGAGGGUACCUGUGUCUUGUAUAGUGUAGGCAGACGGGGGCCUGGGGGGAGGCAUCCAGAUUAAUUAAGGCGAUAGCUCUUUUCCUUCGUUGUGUGCGGCAGAUGAUGAAUGAGCCUUCCUUUGCCCCUGGUCGGUCGGUCGGUCGGUCGGCCGGGUCGCACUUUUUUGCGUGUGAGCCGCCGCAUGGUGCCUGUCAUGUCCUGUGGGUGGCUAUGCUAUGUGUGCAGCAGUCCCUUUAUCUGUCUGUCAUCAGACUGUCUUUCUACUUCGCAAGGCGCCCUGAGAGGCAUCACGGCAUUCAGGUAGGUAGCUUCAGUCAGUCCUUUAGGUGGGUGGGACACACAGACAGCUGUGAGGUGAGAUCAACGAACGUAUGACGACAAUGUCAUUGGUGUGUAGCUGCGCAUUGCACUAGGCGGGUGCAGUGCAUUGCAUGGGUCUCAUUCGUGUCGUGAGACCGUAUGUGUAUGUGUGUGUGUGUGAUGGCUCGUGUGCCAGUCGACAGUCGACAUGCUUUUGGUGACAAUUUUUGCUGUCCACUCUCUCUCUCUCUCCCUCACCCUCUCCCUCUCUCUCUCUCGCUCCCUCUCACUCUCCUUCUGUGUCGGCCGAUCAGUGGUCCCAGCCCGCAUUGAAUGCCAUUCAUCCACCAUAUCCUGAAUCGAUACCAAUCGACGCAGCCAACAGACACAAUUCGUUAUCAUGUGAAACGGACUUUUUCUCAGGUGAAAACAGACUUCAGCGUGCGCUUCUGUGAUCGCUCUGCUCCUCUUUCGAGCGAUAUCACACAUCAGUGUAAUGAUGGUGAUUCUGCAAUGCAUGGGACGUGCCGCUGGAUAUGUGAAGCAAUGAAUCAAU